CUAAUGAUUUGGUUAAAAUAAUUGAUUAAAAUGGAACGUUAUCUUUAUUCCAUUUGCUGGGUCCUAGAUUGUAACGCAAGGGUAGUUUGUUCAUUUUACAAAGAUACAAUCCAUGUCAUGUAAUGCCAACCAAGAACAUAGAAAUUCUAUCCGCUGUCCUGUCUGGCUCCCACUUCCAAUCAUAGUGUUCAGACACUAUGUUUGUGUGGUGAUGCCUUAAAAACCCUGUUAAAACCUCAAGCACCGAACUUCUCACUCAAAACCUUCCUCCUUCCCCACUCAUUCUUCUCAACAUGUCUCUGCCACACAGAUCUUUAGAGGCCACCUUUCUUGCUUUUGUUCUUCUUUCUUUCUCACUGGCUGCUGCUGCUGCAGCAGCAUAUUCUUCUAUUCAUGAGCUUCUCCGAAGCCAUGGCCUACCAGCCGGGCUCUUCCCAGAGAGUGUAAAGUCAUACAAUUUGGACCAAAGGGGUCGUUUGGAGGUGAACCUGGAUGCUCCUUGCCUCGCCAAGUACGAAACCAGAGUGCUCUUUGAAACGGUGGUUCGAGCUAAUCUUAGUUUUGGUCAGCUCAAGGGUUUGGAGGGUCUUUCUCAGGAAGAGCUUUUCCUAUGGUUGCCUGUGAAGGAUAUCAUCGUCAACGAUCCAUCUUCUGGUCUCAUUCUCAUUGAUAUUGGUCUUGCACAUAAACAGCUCUCUCUUUCUCUCUUUGAAGAUCCCCCAGUUUGUAGAUCCCAAGGUCUUUCACUAAAUAUUGGGGGAAGGAAGAGCAUUGGAUUUCAAGAUCAGAGAUGAAGGAUUGCUUGUUUAUCUGAAAAAAGAUGGUUUCUUCUUUCCUCUUUACAAUUUUGUUUUGUUUUUCCCUUCUUCUUUUUUUCCUUUACAAAUAAAUAUAUGGUGCAAUGUGCAUAGAUCCUGAGAGUUGUGAUUAUUAAAUUAGAAAUCAGUCAAGGGAAAAAAGAGAAACUGAUAGGCGGUGUUUAUUGUAAAAAAUCUUUAUGCAAUUUUGUUUGCCGCAAUUUUUCUUCUAAUGUGCAAGAAAAGUUUUUUGAUAUUGUCAUACCAUAUCAUUUCUUCCUUUCUUUUCCUUUUACUUUGCUGAAAGGGGUGUUAUUCUUUCAAAGAAAAAGGCUUCCUGAUCCUAUGUUGAAGAUAUACACAGAAUCUGCUAACAUUGACUGUUGUUACUAAAUUUGUCUCUCAAAUUUGAGUAAAAAUGACACCUUGGCAUUUUAGAGACAAAAUUGAAGGCUAAGGUGAUGUUCACAUUACCACUACAUAAAGAUCAUAAAUCAAACUGAGACAGAAAAGGAAGAAAAUUGGGGUUUUAAUCUGCUUAAUUGGUUUGAAAAUAUAGUCAAUAAUGUUGGCCAACAGCGAAUUUAUUUAGUGUAUCUUUCUUAAUUGCUAUAAAGCCUGAAAAAUAAUGAGAACUUGUUUGGCCAGAUUUAGAUAUUCUAUAUAAUGUUUCUCUCUCCUCAUCAGCAUUGGAAAUCUAUCUCCAUUUUGAUGUACAACAAAAUAUAUGAGCAGAAAAUGGACAAUGGUAGUUCUAUUUUGUAGCUGUCUUUUAUUUUAUGAUUCAAGUAAACACAGCCUUUUGAGGUUUUUGUCUAUGUAUAUAUCCCUUCUUCCCAGCAUCCCUUAUGUAAUAACAGUACACGGAUUGUUCAUAAGGAGAAUAUUCUUUUUCUUUGGUCA